AUGGUGGUUGUAGUUGUGUUUAGUAAUCUGGGUAGCCGAAUGCUUUCAUCAUCUCGCCUUCCGUCAUUGGCUGAAGUUCCUGUGGGCGGUGAAGACGCGCCCAUGUCGUCCGUCCGUGAACGGGCCGGCUCGGACCAUUCAACUCGGACCACAAAGUCCGUAUUUGCGCGUCUGAUACCGUGGACAACCGAAGCCAGUCCUUCAACGCUUUUGAAUCGAAGGCAAGGUCGUAUUGUUCCCGCACGACCAGGUACUGGUGGGCAGUAUCGGGUAGUGACACGAACAGCUACUGUAGAAGGACAUUCAAAAGCUGUCCUCUCAGUGGCUGCCACCGAUGAACUUCUUCUCUCUGGAUCUAAAGAUCGUACUGCUAAGCUGUGGGAUCUGCAGACUGGAAGUGAAGUGAGGACAUUGGGUGUUCAUCCAAAUAAUGUUCAUGCAGUACGGUUUAUACCCAAUUCUCAACUGGCCAUUUCAGUGUCGAUGUAUCAGAUACGUGUUUGGGAUUUACGAACGCAAGAAUGUAUACGAAUGUUGCAGUCCAGCGGUCAAGUGAAUGAUGGUGAUGGAGGUCCAGCUGGAUCACGACAAAAUACGGUGCCAUUCCUGGAAACUGUGGUAAAUGCGGCUGAAGUUGAUCCGAAGGGCAAACUUCUCUUCACCUCCUUCGGCGGUGACGUGCGCAUUUGGAAUCUCGACAAAUGGGCCUCAUUCGGACGACUCGUUGGUGCCGUCAAUAGCCCGAGAUCGGAAGUGUCAUGUCUGGCCGUAUCCGAAGGACCUGAUGGACUGCCACAAAUCUUCACCGGGUCACGAGAUCAUUACGUGAAAAUGUUCCAGUGUAGCCUUGGAGGCGAAGGCGUGUACGAAUCAACUGUAGACUUUAAUCCACCACAUUACGAUAAUGUCACUUGUGUGGUGCCUUUCGGCGGUUUUCUAUUGACAGCUGGAAAGGACAAGAACAUCAUGAAGUUUUCGUUGUUGGAUCAGAAGCGAGAUCAUCUGGAACUGAAUGCUCACAAUAGUUUCAUUCAAGGGAUGUGCUUAGUUGGGGUAGGUUUUUAUGUGACCACGAGCCCAUGGACUAUGUAA